UUGCUCUAUUCCCUCCAUUCUGUAUUUUUGACAAAUAGUUCCCUGAAUUGACUCUAUAUUAAUUCCUUUGUUUUCCUACUUGUCAUGCCCAAUUUCUGUCUUCUCCACUCUGAUGUCGCCUUCCAACACCUUGCUCACAUUAGCCUUUUUUUGUGAUGUUAAGACAUCUCCUAGCACCCUCUGAUCAGCUUACUCACAGGCUGUUCCCCACUUGUUUGGAGGUUUUUUAAAUUGCUUUCCUAAACGAUGCCCACCAGUUCCAGCCACCUCUUGAGCUCUGUGGCCAGAUUCUGGGGGUCACAAGCCUCUUUUGGAGCAGUUGAAGCUCUCAGCAUGGUCCCCAGGUCGCUACCAGCCUUUCCCCAUUGCAACCACUGCUUGCUAUUCCUUGCUGACAAACUUCCUCUGCUUCCUGCAGUUCCCCUUUAAGGAUGUUAACCAGAUGAAGGUUGGAUUUCUGAUGGACUUCUCUGGCUCUCUCCCAUCAGCCUUAGACUGCAUUGCUGUCACUGCCCUAGAGGGACUCUUCAGUGACAACAGUGGGGUGCAGGUGUCACAGGCAGCACAGGGCUAAGCUGAGGAUGCUUUUUCACCCAGGUCAAGCCAGCAGCAGCCGGGGAGCAGCUAUGUGCCUGGGAACGCUGGUGUACCCCCUUUGGUUUCCUUCAGUUUUGUCUCUGAUACAGCUACUUCCACAUAUGAACUCUGGCACCCUGGUUCCAGCAUCAUGUUUUAGAGAAGCACAGGUAUCUGCUCUUGCUCUGAUUCCUUAUUUUUAUGUGCCUCAUUAAAGCAGUUCUUCACUGCUUCCCACGCAGAUGUUGUCACCUCCCGUCCUAGUCUCUAGUGAAGACUCAAGGGUUUUAUGAUUCCAGCUCACAGAUGAAUCAUCUUAUCUUUAGCUGCACUGCUUGGUAGUGACCUCCAGCACCUCUGUCCUACCUCUGUCACAUAGGUACCUCUGUGGUGUCCCACUCCCUGGGCACCUUCAUAGACAGAAACCCCUUGAACCUGCAAGAGAUUGCUCUGAUAGCAAGUGAGAGCUGGUGCUUCUGCAUCCAGUAGAAAAGAGCUAGUUUUUUUCUGUGUCAGCUUGCCCUCUUGUGCCUCACAGAGCUCUCCACUGAGGUUGAGUUGCAAGGUUUCAUUUUUGGAGGCAGGUUGUUUAGGCUGCUUUGUUUUCCUGCUCUUUCAGCCCUUCUGGGGAUUGCUGCUUAUUCUGGGGCUAGGAGAAUGAUCCCACAGCCAAACUCUACCUUGUUGUACCUCUGUAAGGCAGAGCUCUGCUGCCUUCACAGAGGCCCUCCACCUGCCUGCACCAACUAGUCCACACUCACCAUGGGACACAUGAGCUAAGCCUGGAUGCUGGUCCAAUGUCUCCAUUUGCCAUGGACACUGCAGAUGGGAUUCAUAUGUUCAUGAUGCCACUCGAGGUGCUCCAGGGCAUCAGAUACAACAAGGACCUAUGGCUACCCUGUCAGGAACUUAUGCAAGGUGGGCUGCAUUUCCCCUGGCACUCUGUCACUUGCACUUGUCCUCGGUCUCAGGUCUAUAUCUGGUUUUGCUCUUAGCCCAUCUCCAGAGAUCCAAGAGCCUCCCCAUCUCCCAAAAAUACAUAUGUUUACAAUGAGCACUUUAAAGCCAGAAAUACACUGCUAAACCUUCCCUGUGUAGCUAAGACCUAAAUCACUUAGAAGCAAGUUCAGAGUUAAAUGCAAUAAGCUGCUUAGGCUGAUAGAAGAGCAUUUGCAGAGAGGUAUAUCCGCCAAGGUAAGGGAAACCUUUCACCUUCCUUGGCUUGGUUUAUCUGCACACAAGCCCCUGGCUGUGCCAAGCCCAGCUGUACCAGUCCUGAGGAGCUGGAGCUCCCAGGAUCCUGCAGACCAGCAUAGCUGGGUGCCAGGUCACAGAGGUGCAUGCGUUCCCCCGCCUCCUCCACCAGUGAGGCCCCAGCAAGGAGAGGUCCUGGCCCCAGUCCCUCCUGGAGGGCAGGCAGGACCCUUGUCAGCCCAGGCUUCCCUGUGCGCCACAGGUUUUCCUGGGACCACUGCUGGGCUGCAGCCGUGAGGGGAUGGUUCCCCCACCACCUGUCAGCAAGCCCCACGUGUGCCUCUCCACUGUGCUCAUCAUGACCAGCCUCGUCCUCAUGGAUGCCUACCUGGUGGAGCAGAGCCAGGGCUCCAGGAAGUUGGGCAUCUGUGUCAUGGUGGCAGUGGGUGACUUGUGCUUCCUGCUGGUCCUCCGCUAUGUGGCCAUCUGGGUCGGGGCAGAGGUAAAGACAGCUAAGCGGGGCUAUGCCAUGAUCCUCUGGUUCCUGUAUGUCUUCGUUCUGGAGAUCAAAGUCUACUUUGUGUACCAGAACUAUAAAGCUGACCGGAAAAGCUUGGACCUCAUAGCUCGCAAAGCAUUGACCUUACUGCUCUCCAUCUGCAUCCCAGCCCUCUAUGUGUUGUUGGUGGCCACAGAGCAUAUGGAGUAUGUCAGAACAUUCAAGAAGAAGGAAGAUCUCCGCAACCGCCUCUUCUGGGUCAUUGUGGACAUGCUGGAUGUGCUGGACAUCCAGGCCAACCUGUGGGAGCCACAGAAGAAGGGGCUGCCGCUCUGGGCUGAGGGCAUCAUGUUCUUCUACUGCUACAUCUUGCUCCUGGUCCUCCCGUGCGUGUCCCUGUGUGAGAUCAGCAUGCAGGGCAUUGGCAUCGUGCCGCACCGGAUGAUGCUGUACCCCAUGCUGAGCAUGCUCACUGUAAACAUCACCACCAUCUUCAUCCGAGGCAGCAACAUGGUCUUCUUCAGGGACGCCCGGGUCUCCAGCAUCUUCAUGGGCAAAAACAUGCUUGCCAUUGGGAUGAAGGUCUGUAUGUUUGUGCAGUACCAGCGGCACCAGCACCACACACCAUCAGGGCCAGACCUACAGCACAGUGACCCAGCCCAACUGCCCACAGUAGGGCUGCGCAAGUCCCAGAACCAGCCUGCCUGCCCCGAGGAGCUGGCCCGGGACAACACGUGACAAGCCAGCAGGAGCUACAGCCUGGGCACCACCAUGCCUGGCAGUACCGACAAACCGGAGGCCACUGAGCUCCCCGCCUGGACAGAGGGCAACAACCCUGCUCCCUCCCUCCCUGGGCGAAGCUGCUCAGGGCCCCGAGGGUCGCAUGGUGAGGGCCCCCUGUAGUGGCCUCCAUAAGGCUGCAGAGCAGUUUGAGACCUCAGCACCCCACCAAGUGAAACAGGCAGCAGAGUAGAGGAGGAAGCCAGGGUUGCCUGCCAGGUGUUGUGUCUGGCUGGGGCCAGGCAGCCCUAUCUUGUGCCAGGCUCCCCCACCAGUGCUCCCCAUACAGCACUGCCCUCUGGCCAGGCAGGGCACCACACAGGGACACAGCAGGUCACCUGCUUUACUGUUGUGGAUGGCCCUGGCUCCAGUGUGGCCCUUGGCAGCAACCUGCUCCCCACUGUGUAAGCCAAGGCCCCCAUGCAGGAGGAGCAACGCCUGGGCCUUCCCCUGCUGUCACCCCUCUCAGCCAGCUGCAGGCCUGGGGGGACCCAGAAAGGGGUGACUGUCCUUUUUUGUAUUAUCUCCCUCUUUGCAAUAAAAGACC